UAAUGUUUUGUUUUGUUUAUGUCUAUAUAAUAUUAAAAAGCUAGCUAAAUUACUCAACGCGCAGUGUAAGAAAACUACAAUUGAGGCGUGCAUUAAUUAAAGUAUAUCAAUUCUAUUGCAAUGGCAAUGGCUUUUCGUUUGUCCAAGCACGAAACAAGUGGGAUUAGUGCCGAGGACACUUCGCUAGAGCAGCUGGACUCUAGCGUGGAGAUGCGAUCGCGCUCCCCAUCACCAAUGGUAUUUAAUCCGCGUAAGCUGCGCUUUGCCGACGACGACGACUUUGACAAGGACGCACACGAAAGUCCGCUGCACAAAAAACCACAACUCCUUGAGCGUCAACCGGUAGUGGAUAUGUCACCGCCCUGCUCGAAAGUGCGCGCAUUGCGUCUCUUCAAUACACCCGCAACACCCAAAACCAUUUUACAAAAGUCCACCAGCAACUGUAGCAAUCAUCUAAGUGCCGCUGCAGCAGCCGUAAAUGCCAAAGAACUCUUCAGGCUAACAGAGCGUCCACGUUCGUUGCCCUUGCACAAUCACAGAAGCCUGCCACCGCCACCGCCACCGCAGGACACAGCAAAUAUAAAUCCCUUCACGCCGGAUAGCCUAAUGGCUCAGAACAAAAAACGCUGUCGUACACAAUUUGGACGGGAGAACCUAAAUAUGAGCGCCAUGCAGCGGUUUUUGUUAAGCGAUGUCUGCCAGGACGAUGAAGCACAAACAGGUGGCGACGCUGCUGGGAGAGAUUUCCAACAGCAGGCUCCCAAGCGAUUAGCGCUGCACGAUACAAAUAUUAGUCGCUUUAAGCGGGAGUUCAUGCAGGUCAGCGUCAUUGGCAUCGGUGAAUUUGGCGUAGUGUUUCAAUGUGUAAAUCGUUUGGAUGGCUGCAUUUAUGCCAUCAAGAAGAGCAAGAAGCCUGUAGCGGGCAGUUCGUUCGAAAAACGCGCUUUGAACGAGGUGUGGGCACACGCCGUUCUCGGCAAGCAUGACAAUGUGGUGCGCUAUUAUUCCGCCUGGGCGGAGGAUGAUCAUAUGCUCAUCCAAAACGAGUUCUGUGAUGGCGGCAGUCUGCAUGCGCGUAUACAAGAUCACUGCCUCGGGGAAGCGGAGCUCAAGAUACUGCUAAUGCAUGUUAUAGAAGGCCUGCGUUAUAUACACUCGAAUGAUCUGGUGCAUAUGGAUAUAAAGCCUGAUAAUAUAUUCUCUACCAAAAAUCCCAUGGCGCAUAAGUUGGAGCAACAGUCAGGCAAGGACGACGACGGUAUGGAUAGUGUCUACGAGGAGUUACGUAAUUCCGAAAACUUGGUUACCUAUAAAAUUGGAGAUCUGGGUCAUGUGACUUCAGUAAAGGAGCCUUAUGUGGAGGAGGGUGACUGUCGCUAUCUACCUAAGGAAAUACUGCAGGACGAUUAUAGUGAUUUGUUUAAGGCGGAUAUAUUUUCUUUGGGCAUAACGCUCUUUGAGGUGGCAGGCGGUGGUCCACUGCCAAAAAAUGGUCCGGAAUGGCACAAACUGCGCAAUGGGGAAGUGCCUACCAUACCCACGCUUAGUAAGGAUUUCAAUGAGCUUAUAGCACAAAUGAUGCAUCCAGACCCAAAUGAGCGGCCCAGCUCCAUGUCUAUCUAUAGCCAUCCCAUACUGAGCGCUGUAGACUCCAAGAGCAAAUUGCAGCUGGGCCUGGAGCUAACUGUGGAGAAGCGUAAAAAUGAAAUCUUAAUGAACAAGCUAAGAGAGGCCAAGAAACAAAUAAAACUAUUGGAGCAGCGUGUUUCUAUUUUAGCUGUUGCCAGCACUCCUGAGCCUAUGGACGGCCAACGCUGUCUACGCUCCUUUACGCGACGCAUGCGGACACCCUUUAGUUCUCAUGGUAAAUUCCAUAACAUCCCAGAUCGCAACAAGAAUGUCAUUACCAAUGUUUAAGCAUUUGUUUUCCUCUCAGCUCUUCCGCCUGUAUACGUGAACUAAGCUCACAUUUAAUUCUUAUCUUUAAGUUGUUGUUCAUUCCGUUUUUAAAGUUUCAUUUAAAAAACAUAUAGUAAUGCGGAAGAUUGUCAGUUUUAAUU